UUCCCUUUCAUCACAAAGAUCCAAUGUAAAGAUGAAUUUACUCACUUCCUACAGUGUGUUCCAAUAAUGAGAUAUCCCCGUGGUAUUAUCAAAUAGCUAUAAUGUCAAUAAUUGCUCAAUCGUCGAGAUCUUUGAAUCAUAACUCGUCCAGAACGUACGUGGAGUCCAUUCCAGCCACUUCAAGAUCUGUUCCAAGUCUUGAAUGCCCAACGAUAAGCAAUGUUCCUUUGACCAAGAGCCAUUUCCUCGACGCCUACAGUAAGGCGAAGUGGAACCUCUCUGACGUGCCAUGCCCACCGUGUUUUAAAGGUGUUGAACUAAUGUGCCCACCAGACCAUUACAACGAGGCAUCAAGGUUGAAAGCAGUCAAGAAGUACAUGAGCAACGAACAGUGGCGGGACUCGACCAAAUUCCAAAAGAUCAUAUCCAUGGCUUUGAAACAGUUCCACGUGAAAGGUGCCUCUAUAUCUCUUGUUGAUGCUAAAAGACAGGUCAUAAAAUAUGAGGCUUCUUUGCAGGUCAACGAUUGUCCUAGAAGAAUCUCAAUUGAUGCACACACAAUAUUAUCUAAUGGUUCAUUUGUUCUCCUGGAUGCGUCAAAGGAUUGGCGUACCAGCACGAACCCUUUUGUCACAGAUUCGCCAUAUGUUCAUUUCUACGCAGGUGUUCCACUUGUUACAAGUUAUGGUACUAUCAUCGGUGCCUUGGCAAUAUUUGAUUGCUAUCCAAGGAACAACUUUGACGAACUGGCUCUAUCGAUGUUGAAAGAUUUGGCAUCGCAAGUGAUGACUAUUCUAAACACCCCCGUAUCCCAUUCCUUGCCAAAAGCUGUAACUUCCAACACUGUUCCCUUGAUUAAGAUGAUUGGUAGACCAACGAGUCAUAAGCACGCUUUCUCGAACAUUGCCUUAUACGAACGAGACGGCUCUGGUAGUCAAUACGGCCAAAAUCAUAACUUCAUGUACAACAAACAAGAGGCGUCAUUACUUCAGAAUGACUUGUUCCUCACAGAUGACAUAUUACACAGGUUAAUUGGAUACCGUGACAUAAGGACCGCUUCUGUCAAGCUAUGUGAAAUCAUAAAGACAGAGUUGAAGUUUGACUUUGUAUUUGUUGUGGAACUUCGGACAUCGCAACAAUUCCAAAUAUCACCAAAGUACUUUCCUCAGUGUAACGUUGUUAAUGCGGAAUCCUUUGAUAAAGCCAAGAAGCUAAUUGGAAAGGAGAAGCAGCAGUUGAAAAGUCGUAUCUUGGGAUUCGCAGGUGGGAGUGAGUCAGAUAUGCCAUUAGACUCGGAAUUUUUCUAUGGUGCUCUACGUUCAGAGUUUGGUAUCUUUUAUGAGGCUGUACCAACACACGCCUCGGUGAAGCUACACUCUGGAAUAUGCAUGCAGUUCUACAGGUUUGGUUCAAAACUUGUUAGAAGGGUUAAAGUCCUCAAGGCUGAGAGACCAAGUAGUAAGAACAAACCAAUCGAUGUCUACUUGAGAUCUGGUGGAUAUUUGAUUGCUGCUUUCAACGAUGAGGAGCGUAGAAUUGAUGAUUCACUGAUCAACUUUAUAUAUGGAGCUUCAUGUUCACUUCGUCGACUCUUCAUUGCGAAUUAACAGGAGUCUUUUGUUCUCUUUGUUACUGUUUAGUUUGUAGUGUAAGGAAAACAGAGAGCGCGCACGUACAAG